ACACACGCACGCACGCACGCACAGACACACGCACACACCGACACACACAUACAAAAUCCAAAGCUCCUUGGGAGCGCGGCGCGGCGGCUGCAGUUCCCGGGCCCGAGCGAGCAGCGCGCGCGGCCCGACGCUCGCGGAGUCCGGCCGGGAGAGAACCCACCACCUGCCGCGGCGCGCCGGGACCCCAGCGCCCCCCGUGCCCCCCGCGUCGCCGGGACCUGGCCAUGGCCCGGCCGCGCCCGCUGCUCUACCUGUGCCUGGGCUGCGUGUGCCUGAGCCUGGCGCACGACCAGGUGUCCCAGCACAUGCUGAGGCUCUAUGACAGCUACCGCGCGCCGCGGACGCAGGGGGUCGCCGCGCCGGGCUCGCAGCCCCCACGCCGGGGCAACACGGUCCGCAGCUUCCGAGCGGCAGCGACAGGAACCCUUGACGUCAAGGGACUUCAUGUUUUUAACUUGACUUCUCUAACCAAGUCUGAAAACAUUUUAUCUGCCACACUCUACUUCUAUGUUGGGGAACUAAUAAACAUCAGCCAGACUUGCCCCAUGCCUCGAGGAUGUUCACGGCUCGGUCUGAGGAAACACAUCCAAAUUGAUAUCUCAGCCUGGAUCCUCAAGUCCAACAGAAACCAAAGUCAACUUCUCGGUUAUCUUUCGGUAGAGAGAGCCAAACCUCACCGAGACUUUGUGUCCUGGCUGUCUAAAGACAUCACUCAAUUUUUGAGGAAAGCCAAGGAAGAUGAGGAGUUCCUCCUAGGAUUUAACAUUACCUCGAAAGGACACCAGAUGCCAAAGAAGAUGCUAUCAUCUCCCGAACCUUAUAUCUUGGUGUACGCCAAUGACGCUGCCAUUUCUGAGCCGGAGAGUGUUGUAUCGAGCUUGCAAGGACACCGAAGUUUCCCCAGUGGAGCCAUGCCCCAAAUGGGUAGCCACAUCAGGGCAGCCCUUUCUAUUGAACGGAGGAAGAAGCGUUCCACCGGGGUCCUGCUGCCUCUGCAGAACAACGAGCUUCCUGGUGCAGAAUACCAGUAUAAGGAGGACGAGGAUGGCGCCUGGGAGGAAAGAAAACCUUACAAGACUCUCCAGACGCAGCCUCCUGAGAAGAGUAAGAGCAAAAAGAAACAGAGAAAGGGACCCCACCAGAAUGGCCAGACCCUCCAAUUUGAUGAGCAGACGCUGAAGAAGGCAAGGAGAAAGCAAUGGAUUGAGCCUCGGAAUUGUGCCAGGCGAUACCUGAAAGUCGAUUUUGCAGAUAUUGGCUGGAGUGACUGGAUUAUCUCCCCCAAAUCCUUCGAUGCCUAUUAUUGCUCUGGAGCGUGCCAGUUCCCCAUGCCUAAGUCUCUGAAGCCAUCAAAUCAUGCCACCAUCCAGAGCAUCGUCAGAGCUGUGGGGGUUGUUCCUGGAAUCCCAGAGCCUUGCUGUGUCCCAGAAAAGAUGUCUUCACUCAGUAUCUUAUUCUUUGAUGAAAAUAAGAAUGUGGUUCUUAAAGUAUAUCCUAACAUGACAGUAGAGUCCUGCGCUUGCAGAUAAGCUGGCAGGGAAUGUGUUGGAAAUCUUAACUCAAUCAUUAGUUUAUUUUUAUGGACUUUUUUUUUUUUUUUGCACUGCCAAUGCAUUUCAUUUCAAGGGAUUUUUUAACAGUCCAAAAAAGAGAGUAAGCAAAUAGACUGAUAAUUUCCACCAAGCAGAACUGAACUGUAUUAGUUUCUGAAUGUCACUAAAAGCAAGAUUUAAGUAAAUAUGAACAUACAUUUCUCUUCCUCAAUCACACAUGAAAAAUUCACUUAAAUGUUUUUAGAACUGUUAAAAAGCACUGAUUUAUUUUUAUAUUGGGAUUUGGAAAUAGAUUGAAAACACUACAAUUUAUCAUUUAUCUCUACUCUUUAUAGAAUAAUUUUGUAUUUGAAGUAGGUGAACUGCCUUAAAUUCCUAAAAAUAAAAAAAGAAAGAAAAAAGAAAAAAACAACUCAGCAAGUGCUAAACAAAUGCUAAAUAAUCCAAUCAACAUUACUGUUUCGCUUAGAAUAUUUGAGUCUUGUUUACCUGUCUCUGCCCCCACCUUGUCACUGAGUUAAAAGUUGAGUGAAGAAUGUGUGAUGUGUCGUGGUGUGCCUGUGAACACACAUUGCCAGGUUCUCAAGCCGUUAGAAAGAAGGUUUGCUUAAUAUGAUUUUAUAAUUUAGUCUACACAGAAUUUUUUUUCAUGUCAUGUUCUGGCAAGCACAUUUGAUUAUGAGAAGUUCACCAAAAAUGAUAGAGUGUUUCAAGAGCAUAUGCAGAGAGUUACCACUUGGCCUAGACAGUUAAUUGGAAAUACAGUUGUUUUCGUUUCUUUGCCUCCCAGAAAAGGAAUCCAACAAUGCAGUUUUCAAAAACCCAGAUGUAGUUCCUACUCUAUACCUCUUUUUCAUAAGAACACUUAGUUAACUUAAGUGUUAACUAAGGAAUUAUUAACUUCAGGAAUUAUUUCGGAAGCUUUUCCAUUUUUAUUUUUCUAUGACUUUACUUCUUGUGAAGUAAUAAUAUAUAUCAAGCCUCAAGAACUAAGGGAAUAUUGGAAAAUUCUUUGAGUGUAUUUAAUCAUAAUCAUAGGUUUAUUAUCAAUUUUUACUACAACCGGAUUCAGGUACUUCUUUACCCAGAUCAAGACUUUUGGUUCAACAAUAGAAACCAUUUUUGGCAUUUUUAGCACCAAAACUUGUUCAGCAAGAAAGGCAAUCAACUACAGAUGUUUUGGGGGAUUUGGCCCCAUUUUGAUUUGUCUUAAAUGUCUCCUCACACUUUUGCCCUUGAAUAUGUUUCAAAAAUCAUUCACUCACUUUAUUUACAUGUAUGGCAUAAUUUUUUUCAAACCAUGGGUUGUUUUUGAUGUUAUAUCUGUGGUUAAUCGUCACCUUUGUUUAAUCUCAGCUCUAUAAAGACAAGCUAUUUUAUAGGCUGUGGAAUAUCAGAAGACAUGGGGUUAUUGUUACUAUAGUUGUUCAAAAUUUAAUAAAUAUUUAUUAUUGAGCAUAUAUUUUACAAAAGACACUGUGUUAACUCUGUGUCUUUAGUGGUAAGAUGUACAGGCUGACUGAUUGAAUUGGACGGCCAUUUUAGCACUGAAAUUUUGAGUUUAAAAUAUUAGCUAUUUGUACACAUCUUCCUUGAAUGGAUGAGAGUGAUAACCCCAAACACUACAGGUACCUCUGUCAAUUAAUGUCCUAUUCUUCAGUGUUCUUACAUUCCAUCUUCUUUGGCUGAAGUGAUUUUUUUUGUGUGUUAUUAAAACCCUGUUAAAGAAAAAUCCCAUGAAAAAGAAUCUGGCACUUUGGGAGUAAGCAAAAGUCUGCAUGAGUGAGUGUUAAUUCCAUGAACGGAACACCCAGCUCUAAAUCAUGAAUGAAAUAUUGGUGGCUGAAUUACUAUGAUUUGCAAGAAUUCUCUUUUUGUUCUGGUAAUAUAAAGUUACAGAUUCAAAGUGAAGUAGAUGAAACCAACACUUUCAAAUAGAUUUUAUAAAAAAUGUGAAUGCAGGCCUAGAGAGAUAUUACACUAGUUAAAGCACUUACCUUACUUGUGGUCAAACCUAGGAAUGAUCCCUGGAACCAAAUAUGGUCCCUUGAACACCACCGGAAUCGACCCUUGAGGCCAGAGCUAGAAGCCCUAAAUACUGCCAGGUAUGGCCCUGCUAAAGUAAAAAACAAAUAAAUCAAAAUUUGAAUACAGAGAUAUAUAAAAAAAAGUGAGUGAGCAUGCGGCCAUCUUACAAUAUAUUAAGAAAAAACACUUCCAGUAUAAAAACAUUUUUCAUUGGAAGAUUUGAUGAAAUUCUUCAUUUUUCUAGCAAAACCUCUAGCUGGUCCCAGUAUUACUUGUCAGACUUCUAACCAGGUAUCUGCAUGUUAACUUUCUUAAUUUUAGUUGCUACCCACUUAGUUAAAUCUUAAAAUGUCUAAAAAAAGUCCCCCCAAUCUUUAAAUUUCCCCAAUACAAUCUAGGAAUAAAUUUUAAAUUACAAUAACAUAAUUUAAUUUAAUGCUAAAAAAAACUAAUCAAGCACAAUGAUAAUAAUUACAAAAUAGUAGAAAAAAAAGACUUAAGUAGUCUUAGCAAUCAAAAUAGGCUCUAGGGAUACAACCCAGAGCAUCACACCAAUGAGGAAUGUAUUCUAUCACUUAACCACUUCCCUGAACCCUUUAAAAUAAUUGUUAACUGGUCAUUUUUACUGGCUGGCCCUAUACCUAUCAGUAUAACGCCUUAUACUUCAUUGAGGACAUAGUAUGGACUAAAUUGAAGCUAUUUUAUUCCCAACGUUCAAAGGACACUUACUUUUCAGUUGUGGAAGCUGAUGUAUAUAAAUUCAUAGUCUAAUUAAAAAUUAUAUUAUUUGAAAAUUGAAUUACUCUCACAAUUUGCUAGAUCUUACAGAAAGCAAGACUGAUGAGAAGAGAAAUUAUGUUUAUAAGUGCCAUUUCUAAAAUCACGCAUUGCUUUCUCACUCUACAUCUCUAUUUCUUCUCUCUCUAUCCACUGCUUCUAUCCCCCAACCAUCUCCUGAGCUUCUUCCUAGAGAUAAACUAUCCAUCCCUCUUCCUCCUAGCCAAUCCCUGAGCCCCUUCCUAGAGGUAAACUAUUCACCCCUUCUAUCUCCCAGCUAAUCCCUGAACCACUUCCUAGAGAUGAACUAUAACAGUCAAAGAAAAUUUUAAAAUAACUUUUGUUUUGAAUUUAAAUUCAGAGGAUAUGGAUAUCAAUAUAGUAUUUUCAAACUAUUUUUUUGUAACUUGUGUAAAUAGCAUACAAUUUACAGGAUUGGGGUUGUAGAAUUUAAACUGGAAGAUUGGCUUCCCCAGAUCCCUGGAUUAUUUUAUGUCAGAAAAUUUUUAUAUUCACCUAGUUAUAUAUUAACUGAUUAUCAUUGAUUCUUUAAGAUAAAUUUUUUACUUUAAAACAUCUGUUUUACAAAAAUCUCUUAUUUCCUAGACAAUACUUUAUAGACAAAUAUGUAAACACUAUUACCAGUAUGACAUCACAAUUUUUUAUAUAAUGAUAUAACUUAAUCUUUCUCCUUCCACUCUUCUCUAGGGUAACAAAUAGCCAAAAUCUGCAUAUUGACUUCUUGUUGAAUCAAGGUUGCAUUAGAGAUAUAGUUAUGUAUGCCUGAUGUGUAAGAUUAAAUAUCAGUUUAAAUAAGAAAUCGUGAGUAAGUCUGACUUUCUGUAUAGUGUUUUACAUUUGAGAAUUCUAUUUUAAUGUAGUUCUUAUGUGAUUAAAUAAUCACUCUUUUCUGAAAACCUGGCCUUCCCCUCAGCUUUCCACACUAGUUUCUGUAAAUGUUUUAGUGGAGAAUUUAAUGCUUGUACAGUCAAUAGUAAUUAAAGAAAUAUAUAUAAUAUGUAUAUGGAAAACUUUAAAUAUGCUUUUAAUUUAUUUAAUGACAGUUUCUUUCCUAUAAAGGUAAUAAUUUUCAUUCUUAGAUGGUCAGAAAAAAUCCUCUUUUACCAUAGUUAUUACAUGCAAAAUAAAAUUUGGGUCUUUAGUUCAAUCCAUGAGCAGAGACUGUCGCAGUUAACCUGUGAAGGACACCAGUACAAAUGUCUAAGCUUUGUUGAACUUGUAUCAUCUUCCUCAAUAAUAGGAGCUUUUUAUUAUGCAAAAUGAAAAUAAAAAUUGCUUAAUUGAA